AUGGUCGAGCCCUGCCCCUGCAGCCGCCGCGGCGGCCGCCGCCGGGCCCGGCCGGCUGGCGCCGCCUUGCUGACGGUGGCGCUGCGGGCCGCCGGCAGCGGGGCGGCGCCCUGGGUCCUGCGGGCAGAGCUUCUUGGCCGCGCUCCCGCCACACUGAGUGGGGCCGGCCACGGCAUUCCUAACAACAGGAUCCUCAGCAGCAGCACCACCACCACCGCCAGCUGGACCGCUACCAUCAUCGCCCGCAUCUGCAGCCGCCGCCGCCUGCAGCCGGCGCGCCCACAGCUGCGCCUGACCGCGCCGCCGCUGAGCCCCUGGCUGUGGGCCACGCCACCGCUUGGCCGCCAGGCGCUGGCCAAGACCAUCAGGCUGCCCUCCUGCCUUUGGGGCGAGGACAGCCCCCUUCUGCCACAGCUGCUGUCGUCGGCGCCGCCGCCGCCGCCGCCGCCGCUGCCGCCGCUGAUGUGGGCGGCGCGAGCGCCGCUGCUGCUGCUGCCGCCGCCGCCGCAGCAGCAGCGGCCAGACGCGUUGGGGUUGCUGCGCUCAGCGCUUGCGCUGCGCCUGCUGGGAAUCCUCAGCCAGCAGCAGCGCAUGUCCGCGGCGCAACCAGCGCCCGCGCGGGCCCGGCCCCGGGCCUCCGCCGUCCUGCAUCGCCCACGGCCGCUCGGGCUCUGCGGCGCGGCGUGCGCGCCAGAGCCGGCGGCAGCAGCAGAGCCUGCGGCUCUCGCCGUGCAGGAGGACGACACCGCGGCGGAGACAACCACUGCGCUUGAUGACAUCAGCAGCAGCGACAUCCAGCGCAGGGACGUGUUUGCAGACUCCGCAUUGUGCCACUGCGAGCAGGCCGGCGCGUGCCACCUCCCCACCAGCGGCGCCGCCGAGAGCGUGGCGGCCGCCGAUGGGGCGGCGGAUGAGGUGUUUGUGUUCCAGAAGUGGGGCGACAGCCUCGAUUGGGCGCUGGACCCCUCCAGCGAUGAUGAUGAUGAUGAUGAUGAUGAGGUGGCGUAUGAUGGGCAGGAGCGCCGCGACGACGUGAGGGCGGCAGGGCAGCAGCAGCGGCAGCGACAGCUCUUGCUGCAGCAGCAGCCGGCCGCCGCCCGCUCGGCCGCCGCCGCGGCGGAGGAGCAAGCGCGGCUGCAGCGCCAGGAGGAGGAGCAGUGGCGGGAGAGCGAGUACGGGCGGCUGUGCCUGCGCCACGAGGGGCGGGGCCCGGGGCAGUCGCCGCGCGAGGCGCCGUUCAAGGACUGGGCGCGCCCGGGGCCGUCGCGCCUGAGCUUCGGGCGGCGCGCCUGGAGCAGCAGCGACGGCGGCAGCGACAGCGGCAGCAGCGGCGGCAGCGACGCCAGGCAGGGCGACGGCACCUGCAGCGGCAGCGGCGGCGGCGACGAGCGCGACAGGGCCGGCAGCCGCGGCAGCAGCAGCUGCGGCGACAGCGAUGAUGCAGCCAGUGGGGUGUGA